AUGCCUCAUACCACCGGUUCUGCGGCAGAGCUUCCCUUGCCUCGGAAGAGUACCCACACGAACCUCGAAAGAUCUGGCGGCUCAGCCGUCCGUGAUCUUUCCACAUCGGAGUCAUACUCAACAUAUGGGCCUUACGCACCACCAUGUUACCCAUCACAAUCUUACACAGAAAAGAGAUCUGUUGGCAUAUCCUUCCCCGAAGGUUACCCAACACAACCUCACACACAAAAGAGAUCUGGCGGCCUAACCUUCCCCGAAGCUCUUGAUCCAAUCCGUUUCUGCAUCUCUCCACUUGCUUCUCAUCCACUCCUGAAGCUUAUACUCUCUCUCAGUAGCUGGGUGUCUCUCCCUGAUAGCAUUAGAUCUUCUUGGAGCUUAUCCACGCCCUCUCUCCUCUUUAGCAGCUGGUGUCGUUGCCCAAUUGGCUUAGGCUUGCUUCGUCUUCAUUCGGUAGCUGGAUGUUGCUACAUGAUUGGCUGA